GGAAAUAGAAAGGCUCUGGUCACUCUACUUUAAAACAACAAACACCAGCAUUUGCUUUUCCUGGAAACUUCGAUUUCUGCUCAAAGCUUGUGCAUUUGGCCUCCUGUGAAAGUGAAAGAGAAAAACUCGGUGUGGUAGGACCAGAUGCAAAGAAAGCCAAGUCGUUGGAUGGUAUUAGCUGUGACGAGGCAUUGUUCACUGCUGCCUCUCGGUUACGUUUAAAGCCUGAAAUAUCACGAGAUCCAUUCAAUGAUCCUUCUCUCAUUCAAGGGACAGAAAUGUAAUUUGCUGUAGCUCUGAUUUCUUGGAUGGAAAUGCUAGCCUUAGAUUUCAAAGGCAAGAACUAGACAUCGUGGUUUGUACACACAUUGAUUAAGUUGAAGAGCGACGAUUACAUCUGUGCUGAGAGCAACAGUCGUCCAGGGCUGACUUUUCAAACCCCAGCCCCCUGAGUUACAGACUCUCUUAAAUAGACUCCCUUAAUUUCCGGAUGCACUUCUUGAAAUUCCCAAUCUCUUCAAAAUUCCUGGGAAAAUUACGAGGAAGAUGAGGGUGGGGGUGGGGAGCCAUGGCCGAGAGAGACUUCAUCUUGUCAAGCAAACUACCUUUUUGUAUAUCUGAUUUCUGUUUGUUUGGUUUUUUUUUUUUCUUAAGAUUUUUUUCCCCUUUUCUCUUUUGAGUUAUAUCUGCUCCUGCUGGCCAGAUCUCAGCAGGGGAAACUGGAACUUCUGAAUAUGAAGAAAGGAAUUAUUGUGCAUUUUUUUCCCCUCACAGGUUCAGAAAUAUCCGUUCAUUCUUUAACCUCACAGAUGUGUCUAUUUUGGGAGGAAGGAGGAAACAUGUAGACGCCUAGGCUGCAUUUAUGCUGUAGUUACAAACACUGAAGAAGAUCUGGCCGAAUUUUGCAAAGCAGCCAACAUCCAUCUGAGAUCCUGCAAAUGCAAGUGAAAAGACCCUUCCUCUCACUUGGCAAUAUUUUGGAUUUCCUUGAAAAUGACAGCAAAUCACGCUGGUGACUAAGAAGAGGUUAUCCCAGACUGAUAUUCAUCCAAAGUGAUUUUGUUAAAACAGAUGCCUGGCUUUCACAGGGGGGGGGCAAUGGGAGCUGUGGAAGAUGCACCUAAUCUACCAGCCAAGCCAUCACCAAUCACUGAAAUGGUCUGCACCAUACACCAGCACUCUCUUUUCAUUGUUUUUAUGUAAAACUUCUGGAAGCACCUUGUGGAGCCUUCCAUUUUCUUUCCUUUACUGCAGAAGGAGGUACCUGCUCCCUGGAAUUCUGACCUGUGGACGGGACCUGGCCAAAGCCAUGUUGGACACUCUAGGAUGACCUCACCUCUUCGCCAGGCUCCUGAAUCGUGAAACGUGUACUCAUUGCUGGCUUAUCUGUGCUUUGUUAUGGGCCUGACGAGAAACUACCUUCCCCCUGCCCCACUCCUCAGCAAAGAACUGAAAUCCAGUUGAAUUGUUACGUGUUCCUGAGGUGGAGCCUCGAACUGCUUUCUUGGUCAAAUAACUUUGUUUCUGGUUGUAAAAGGGCAUGGGAGGGGGCGGGGGUGUGGAGAGAAAUUGCCAACGUAAGUCUGUACUGGGGUGGGUCACCUCGGGAUUUAACUUUAGAGCUCCCAGCCAGUCUCCUUCUCCUCACCCAGAAGGGAAAUACCAGGCUAUUCUGGCACGUUUUCCCUUAAGCUUCAUUUUCCAAAGAAAAGAGGGGUGGGGUAUAUCUAUUUGAGCUUGAUAAUGUUUUUUAAAUGCUUUCCUUUGAAACGAUAAUAGCUGUAUCGGUAAAAUGCAAAUAAAGCAAAAAUAGGCAGUAUUUCUUUAAAGGGGAAUAUACGGUGCUUUUUUUUUUUUUUUUUUUUUUUUGCGUACAUACACUGCUUCUGAUGAAGUCUGUGAGUCAGGCUGUUUCUGAGCUCCGAUAGUUUAAUGGAAAGAUUUAUAUACCGGCUGUAUUAUUUACUUUGGGAGGGGAGGUGGCAGUAUAAGGGUAUGCUAAUUAGUAGGAGAUUUUGGGGGGAAGGGGUGGAAUAUCAAUUUUUAUUGCAUCACCUGUCAGGAGUGUCCAAUCAGCGUUGGCUUUAGGGGAAUUAAUUGAUGAAGGUGUCUCCGGACGAGCUCACUUCACUCUGUCAUUUUAUUUGUAGCUAAAGCAGCGGCGGGAAUAGCAGCUGCAUUUCUUUUCUCUUUCUCCCUUCACAUUCCAUUAUCACAGUGCUCCAAUGGAGAAAGAAGGAGUAGCGGGGCCCAGGUACUGAUCCGCAUCGAGGACUCAGACCAACACACUGGCAGAUCUGAAACCGGAUGGUCUUUUCCCUCUUUUUUAAAAAAACGAAAACCAAAAAAAAAGCGAGAAUCAAGUCAGUGUAAUUUCAUGGGGUUUUUCUCACCCCCCCCCCCCAGUAAUUCGCCUAGAGUUUGGCACUCCCUUCGCCGGGAAUAACAGUCUUUGUUAUUUUAUUAGCAGGAUGCCUUGAGACACACGCAGCAUCUGGCGGAGGAUUAACAUACAUACAUGUGUAUGUAUGCGUCACGUAUAUAUUUACUGCAAAUGGUGGGGAUCAUUUAGUGCCCGAGAUGGGAGACCUGAAGUCAGGUUUCGAAGAGGUGGAUGGCGUGAGGCUCGGCUACCUCAUCAUUAAAGGAAAGCAAAUGUUUGCUCUCUCCCAAGUCUUCACAGAUCUGCUGAAAAACAUCCCGAGGACGACCGUGCACAAGCGCAUGGAUCAUCUGAAAGUGAAAAAGCACCACUGCGAUCUGGAGGAGUUGCGGAAACUCAAAGCAAUCAACAGUAUCGCCUUCCACGCGGCCAAAUGCACGCUCAUCUCCCGGGAAGACGUAGAAGCGCUCUACACCUCCUGCAAAACCGAGCGUGUGCUCAAGACCAAGCGAAGGAGGGUCGGUCGGGCCCUGGCCACAAAGGCGCCGCCGCCAGAGCGCGCCGCCGCCGCCAGCCCCCGCCCGGCUUUUUGGAAGGACAAGCACCAACUUUGGCGGGGCCUGAGCGGAGCCGCGCGGCCCCUGCCAAUCAGCGCGCAGUCCCAGCGUCCGGGCGCCGCCGCCGCGCGCCCCGCCGCCCAUCUACCUCAGAUUUUUAGCAAAUACCCUGGCUCGCACUACCCGGAGAUCGUUCGCUCGCCUUGCAAACCCUCUUUAAACUAUGAAACUGCCCCGCUCCAGGGAAACUACGUCGCUUUCCACUCGGACCCCGCUUAUUUUCGGAGCCUGCUGUGCAGCAAGCACCCGGCCGCAGCCGCAGCCGCCGCCGCCGCCGCUGCCGCCGCCGCAGCCGCCGCCGCCUACUACCAGGCGGCCGGGCCCCAGCCCAAGGCGGCGACCGGCGCGGGAGGCCCGGUGAGCCUGACCUACCGCUGCAAGCGCAAGCGCGGGGGCGCCAAGAACUGCCUGCUCGCGCCUCACACCGGCGCCCGGCGCCUGCUGCUGCUGCCCAGGUCCUACAAAGCCAAGGCGGCGGCGGCGGCGGCAGCAGCGGCGGCGGCGGCGGCGGCGGCCGCCGGAGCCACUUGCUUGGAGAGGUUUCAUCUGGUCAACAGCUUCUGCCCGCCUCCUCACCACCACCAUCACCAUCACCACCAUCACCACCACCACCACCACCGGGCCCAGCAGCCAACGCCGAGUCACCACCCCCCUCACCACCACCGGCCGCAGCCCCAUCUAGGAAGCUUUCCCGAGAGUUGUAGCAGCGACUCCGAGUCCAGCUCCUACUCGGACCAUGCAGCCAAUGACUCGGAUUUUGGCUCCAGUUUGUCCAGCUCCAGCAACUCCGUGUCCUCAGAGGAAGAGGAGGAGGAAGGAGAGGAGGAGGAGGAAGAGGAGGAGGAAGAGGGGGGCAGCGGGGCCUCUGAUUCCAGUGAAAUCAGCUCCGAGGAGGAGGACUCAUCCACCGAGUCAGACUCCAGCUCCGGGUCCAGCCAAGUGUCAGUGCAGAGCAUCCGUUUCAGGCGCACCAGCUUCUGCAAGCCUCCCAGCGUGCAGGCGCAGGCCAACUUCUUGUACCAUCUGGCCUCCGCCGCCGCUGCAGCCAAACCGGCUGCUUUCGAGGAUGCCGGCCGACUUCCCGACCUCAAAAGUAGUGUCAAAGCCGAGUCGCCAGAGGAGUGGAAUCUGCAGAGCUGGGCUCCCAAAGGGGCUCCGGUGUACUGCCCGGCCAGCCUGGGGAGUUGUUUCCCAGAGAUAAGAAACGAUAGGGUAUCUGAGAUUACAUUCCCACACUCUGAAAUUUCCAGUACUGUAAAGAGAACUGACCUGACAGUUAACUGCCAGGCAGAGGGGGCCUCUUCACCUAGCCCAAAGACAAACAAUGUAUUUCCACAACAAAGAAUACUCCGAGAGGCUAGGAAAUGCCUACAAGCAACUCCUACUACACACUGUGCAGAAAACAGCACAAUGGCUGCUAGGUUCUUAAAUAACGAUUCUUGUGGAACAGCAGCAAAUUCAGGAAAAGAUUCCAAAAUCCCUCAUUGUCCUGAAUUUGCCACGGAUUUGCCCUCUCCUCAAACUGAUCCCGGAGUGGAUGCAGCAGCAGCAGCAGCAGCAGCAGCAGCAGCAGCAGCAGCAGCAGCAGCAGCAACUAAAGCUGAGAGUCUCUGCACUGACACAGGCGACAAGACAUUGCCAUUUCUGCACAAUAUUAAAAUCAAAGUAGAAGACAGUAGUGCUAAUGAAGACUAUGAACCUGAUCUUAUUACAAGUGAGCUAAAGUGGGAGUGCAAUGAUACAGAGGGUGAGUUUUACAGUGUGACUGAGAAGAAAGAGGAGGACGCCUUGGUACCCACAGCCAAGGAAGGCUUUGCAUGCCCUGAGAAAGAAACUCCUUCCUUAAAUCCACUGGCUCAGAGUCAGGGCCUUUCAUGCACUUUAGGAUCUCCAAAACCUGAGGAUGGGGAAUAUAAAUUUGGUGCCAGGGUGAGGAAAAAUUACCGGACACUAGUACUGGGCAAACGACCAGUCCUUCAGACACCUCCAGUCAAACCAAAUUUGAAAUCAGCUAGAAGCCCUCGUCCUACAGAUCUUGCUCUCCUCUGAUCCUGUGACGAUUUCGCUCCUCCAGGCAGAAGAGCCUGCACCCCAGCUCGUCCAGCGCAGCCUCCAGUCCAAGCGGCCACAAGGCCGAGAGCAGAGGCGCGUCGGCCACCUAGGGCCUUCUCCCCAUCAGAGACUGGAUUGCUUCCCCUCAGUUUGCAUUUCUUUUGUGUGUCCUGAAGUCAUCGCCCAUCCCUGCACUUGCGGUCCUGUAUUUCUCACCUUCUUGCCCAGGUCUCAUUCCUCCUCCCCAGGCAAAAGGGACCCAGCUCUUUGCAUUGCUUAGCGGAUUUCCGAGGCCUCCAAACGUGAGCUUGUGAGAGGCAAGUGGCAAAGGGACUGGGCCAGCAUGGCUGCGAUCUCCUGGGAAGAGGCUCAGGAGCAGAGGCCUACCGUGUGGGGAGGGAGCGCUCUAGCCAGGCCCGGCUCAACUCCUAGAGUGGGAGUAACCUGGGGCAAGGCCUGCUUGCUUUGGCUCCGUGGUUCCCAACCCUUGGAACUUCUUUCAGUGCAUCUGCAAGAGGAAUGGUGACCUGGAAACGGGAAACGUGAGACAGUGACCUGGAAAACCACCCUCGGCUGGGAGGUUGGAGUGCAGCAAUGCAAACAAAGCUGCUACCGGGGAAGAGGGGAAACAGAGGUGCACCGCGCAUAGGUCACAGGAAAGUGCAACAAGCUUGUUUUCCCGGGUGUUUAAAAUGCAGCCCCAGUUGUAAAGUGUGUGAAAUUACGCACUGGUCUCUUAAAGAGUGCCUAAUUUAUAGUAAAUAGCGAGGUCUUUGUAAAUGGC